ACGGUCGUUUUUUUAAAAACGCCUACCGCAACGCCACUUCGCGUCGUAUGUUUUGUCUCUGUGGCCAUAUUGCCGCCAAGCUGUUGGCGCUCGACGAAGAAAUUGCGUAAAGCCUACAGUCCCGUAUCUCCGUCUCCAAAAGACGAGAGGGUGUGCCAACGAACGGCGCAAGAUCACAACUAAAAGCAGGAGGAGCUAACUUUUGGGGUUAUCUCGUGCGACGGCAAUAAACUGUCGCGGCUGCUCGUACGUGACGUGACGAUAUUCGUUCGGUGAGGUUAAAGGUUGCCUUCCCCGUUACGCAAUUUCAACGUCCAGCAGAAUUCAUAUACCAUCACUUUUUCUUCUCGUUCUUCAGACUUCACAAUGGACUCGGAGAUUUAUGGGACGGAUAGGAUAACAUGUGGAAAAACGUGGCCAAUUACGUGUUAUUGAUAUUAGACAUUUUUCAGUGUGCGAUUGGCUGCUCCGAGAUUAUUGGAAAGAUCAUCUUACUUUGUGAUAGAGUACUGGACGAGAAAAGAAGUUGGGACUUGAAACAAAUUUACGAAAUCCAUUUUUAACACUGUGAAACUCUUCGGUGAUUCGUCUGGUAUUAAAAUGUGUAUCGGUCUAUGUAUAGUACAUUAUUUACGUUCAUUGUAGUAAGUUUCCAUAUGAAGAAUUUAUCUAAAUAUAAUAAUAUGUUGGUGCCAGUUUCUUAUCACACAGUAGCUAAGCCGUGUGACUCUUAUAAUACAUUCUGGGUAUACAGCUGAAUAUGAAUACCGAAUAUUCCUGAUUACAGAAAAAAAUCCUCAAGCGAACUUUUUAUAAGCGAAAUUGAAUGUAAUCAACAAUCAAAUCAACAUUAGACCUUGAUGAGAUUUUAGGUCCUGCGAGAUCGGAAGUCUUUAUAAUUCACGUAUAUGGUGCAUAUUCCAUCAAGGGCCUUACAGCUUUCCUUAAAAAUUAUACAACUCCGGUUUCAGUUGGGACCACCCGCGUCGACAGCAUCUUUCGUACAAUGUUCUCCGGAAGUAUUGCUGGACCACACAGCAUCUCGCACGAAUCAGUACCCUCCGCAGAGAAAUCUAGAAGGCACUCCAUAAAAAUAUAUUCGAUCGGACUUAACUGUCGUUAAAUAAACUAUAGAACAAGAAUUGAGAACUGUUUUCUUAAGCCUUCUCUGUUUUUAAUCGACUAAGCAGCAACACGAGUCGUAGUCGCGUUCCUGGCUACUCCCAUACGGCGCGACGUUAACGAUGAAGAUAAAUUUUUUGGAACGACGAUUUACGCGAAGACACCAAACUCGACGAUCUUUUCCUCUUCACUAAACGGGUGAUCAUUGCUUAAUGCUCCCUUUAAGUUCCUGCUCGGAGUUAUCGCGUCUGGGUUUACAUAAAUACGACAGCUAGUAUGCUUAGACAAGAUGAAGGAUGAUUUUAUAUAUACUAUAUAAAAUCAUGAUAUAUCCACUGUACAAAUAUAACUGCUUCGGUAUAGAACGGUAUUAUUUUGUCAUACGGUAUACUUUGCAUGCACUCCGCACAGAGUAUUCUGAAAAAAAAACAUUUUUAUUCUUCUACCAUUGUUACUUGCUGAACAAUGCAAAUAGCUCGACUUCGUUUUCUAAGCCUCAUCUAUAUAUAUACCUGUCUCCGUCGACCUGGAGAUUCACUAUCAGUUGUAUUUGAGCCGCACGCGCGUGUCUAGCAAUAGAAUGAAUUUUUCUGCAAUUAUUUUUAUAUUCAUAUUAGGCGCGUAUCGCUGUAUAGCAAGUAGAAACGAGUCGUUUCCUGUACAAGAAAUGGAAUUGAACUGCCGUCGUCUGUCCUGUAGACUGGGUGAGCACUGUGUCUACCGUAAGAACUGGUGUCGCAUUCCACCCUGUCCGGGAAUGGUGUUUUGUAGUGCCGAAAAAAAAGCACGCACGCCAGCUUCCUGUGAUUACGUCAAGUGUUCACGAGGUUAUCGCUGCAGUACCAGGUACGCGAGAGACCAGAGAACGGGACUCUAUACGAAUAUCUACGCCUACUGUGUUACAGAACACGAAUUUAAGCGACGUGCUGUUAGCUGCGGCGGCUUCGAGUGUCCCAGAAAGGAAUUUGCUUGUAUGUUACGUGAGCCAAAGUGCCGUGCUUAUCCCUGCAGAAUACUUCAGGCUUGUAUACCACGACGGGACGUAGACAGAUUAAUUGGUACAUGUAAUUUAGCGAAUUGCUCCUCCUUCGAUCACUGUUAUCUCAAGCGGUCCACUGCUGGAUGCGUUGAUAAUCAUUGCAGAAGGGAUUAUCGUCUAGCUUGUCUUCACAUGCGAGGAGAACAACCACUUCCUGAGAUCUGUCGUGGAAUUAUAUGCGCUGAUUUACACGUCCCUGUAGUCAAAAUGCGAAAUUGUGUCUGCCAACCUUGUAAUGAUGCAGCUACAUGUGCCAAAAUUAAAAGUGCUUAUGGUUUGGACACAUAUAAUAAUAACAAUAUAUCUAGAGAAGUCAUAUUAUAGAAAUUAAAUAGCUUUUAAUUAUUUUAAUGAUGAUGCGAUACGUAUACAUGUAUAUACAGAGAUUUGUAGUAAAGUUUUGUUUAUUGAA